AACUGCCGAUGCCAGGCGGGAGUCCGAAAGGCAGCUGACUGGGCAAAGCCUUCGCCAGCCCCAGCUAGAACGCCGGCAGCCGGCACCAGCACCAGCACCAGCGCACGGAGGAGCUCUUCUUGGCGGCAUGACGGAGUGAAGGCUGGCAGGAGCAGCAGCAGCUGAACGACUUUAGGAAUACCGAUCGAUGCCAGCGCUGGGGACUUGCGGUGGAGGAUUUCAAUGAUUUGGGGAUCUGGGUGGAUUAGUGCUCCGUAAUUCCGAGGCGGAGGAGGGAGAGGAGUGGGGAGGAGACGGGGUCCCUCCCCCCUCCCCCCCCAAAAGGAGCGCAACAAGAGAGUCCUUCUCCGAGCAGAGAAACAUGUAAAGAAAGCUGCUGUGGCUAGAGUCGCACACAGGGAGUUUUGAGAUAUACGCUCCCUUUCUUCCUUGCUCUUCUCCACAGGAUGGAACAGAGAAAGCUCUGGCCUCGGACAUGGGACUCCGAUGGCUGGUCAGUGGCCCUGGCAUUUCUUUUCUUAGUCUUUUUACAGAACAUUAACAGCACUCCUAUCUAUAAUACGUUUCAUCCUGAGAACCGUGACUGGACUUUCAAUCACUUGACAGUCCAUCAGACAACUGGGGCAGUCUAUGUGGGAGCCAUCAAUCGGGUUUACAAGCUGUCUGGAAACUUGACUGUCUUGGUAGAUCACAAGACGGGUCCUGAGGAAGACAACAAGUCCUGCUAUCCACCACUAAUUGUGCAACCCUGUACUGAGAUCCUGACUCUGACGAACAAUGUUAACAAGCUCCUGAUCAUUGAUUACUCAGAAAAUAGGCUGCUGGCCUGCGGGAGUCUCUAUCAAGGUGUCUGUAAAUUGCUGCGCCUGGAUGACCUCUUCAUCUUAGUGGAGCCAUCUCACAAGAAAGAACACUAUCUGUCCAGUGUCAACAAGACUGGCACUAUGUAUGGAGUUAUAGUUCGUUCUGAGGGAGAAGAUGGGAAGCUGUUCAUUGGUACAGCAGUGGAUGGUAAGCAGGAUUACUUUCCCACCCUCUCUAGCCGAAAGCUGCCUCGUGACCCAGAAUCCUCAGCUAUGUUGGAUUAUGAGCUCCACAGUGAUUUUGUUUCAUCACUAAUCAAAAUCCCUUCAGACACAUUGGCCUUAGUAUCUCACUUUGAUAUCUUCUAUAUCUAUGGAUUUGCCAGUGGAAAUUUUGUUUAUUUUCUGACUGUCCAGCCAGAAACUCCUGAAGGGGUUUCUAUCAAUUCAGCCAGUGACCUUUUCUACACAUCUCGGAUUGUGCGUCUUUGCAAGGAUGACCCUAAAUUCCACUCCUAUGUUUCUCUGCCCUUUGGUUGUGUCAAAGGUGACGUGGAAUACCGUCUACUACAGGCAGCUUACCUUUCUAAGCCAGGGGAGGUGCUUGCCAGAUCCCUGAACAUCACUGCCGAGGAUGAUGUCCUUUUUGCUAUUUUUUCCAAGGGACAAAAGCAGUAUCACCAUCCCCCUGAUGACUCUGCUCUUUGCAUCUUUCCCAUCCGUGCAAUCAAUGCCCAAAUUAAGGAACGGCUACAAUCUUGCUACCAGGGGGAAGGCAACUUGGAACUCAACUGGCUACUAGGGAAAGAUGUCCAAUGUACCAAGGCGCCAGUUCCAAUAGAUGACAACUUUUGUGGAUUGGACAUUAAUCAGCCGCUGGGAGGCUCCAUACCAGUAGAGGGAGUGACCCUGUAUACAUCCAGUCGUGAUCGGAUGACUUCUGUUACAUCAUAUGUCUACAAUGGCUACAGUGUGGUGUUUGUGGGUACCAAGAGUGGCAAGUUAAAGAAGAUCCGAGCAGAUGGGCCUCCUCAUGGUGGCAUUCAGUAUGAAAUGGUACCAAUAUUCAAGGAUGGGAGUCAUAUCCUCCGUGACAUGGCUUUUUCCACAGAUCAUAAUUACCUCUAUGUCAUGUCAGAAAGACAGGUGUCCCAGAUUCCUGUUGAAUCCUGUGAACAGUAUACAACCUGUGGAGAAUGUCUGAGUUCAGGAGACCCUCACUGUGGCUGGUGUGCUCUGCAUCACAUAUGUUCACGGAGGGAUAAAUGCGAGAGAGCCAAUGAACCUUUCCGAUUUGCAGCCAGCAUCAACCAGUGUAUGAGUGUCAUUGUUCAACCUAGCAGCAUCCCAGUUUCUGAGCAUAGUCUUCCGCUCAGCUUGCUGGUGAAUGAUGCUCCGGACCUGUCACCUGGCAUAAUUUGUGUAUUUGGAAACCUCACUGAAAUAGAAGGCCAGGUUCUGGGGAACCAAAUUAUAUGCAUCUCUCCAUCCCCUAAGGAUGUCCCUGCCAUACCUGUGGACCAGGACUGGUUUGGCAUAGAGCUUCUGUUGAAAUCCAGAGAAACUGGCAAGACGUUUGUCAGCACAGAGUUCAAAUUUUACAACUGCAGUGCCCACCAGCUAUGCCUGUCUUGUGUCAACAGUGCUUUUCGCUGUCACUGGUGCAAAUAUCGAAAUCUGUGCACUCAUGAUCCAACAACAUGCUCUUUUCAGGAAGGACGGAUCAAUGUUUCUGAGGACUGCCCACAGUUAUUUCCUACAGAAGAAAUUUUGAUCCCUGUUGGUGAAGUGAAGCCCAUCACACUGAAAGCUAGGAAUUUACCCCAACCGCAAUCUGGCCAGCGUGGAUAUGAAUGUGUUCUCAAUAUCCAAGGAGUGAUUCAUCGUGUACCUGCUCUUCGCUUCAAUAGCUCAAGUGUACAGUGCCAGAAUAGUUCGUACUUCUAUGAUGGAAUGGACAUAAGUAAUUUAGCUGUAGAUUUUGCUGUCGUUUGGAAUGGAAACUUCAUUAUCGACAACCCAGAGGAUAUGAAAGAUCCUGACACUGUCAGGUCCACCAGAAGGAGGAACACGAGUCACUAUUCGUGGUGUCAACCUGGGGCUGGAUUUCUCUGAGAUAGCCCACAAUGUACAAGUAGCUGGUGUGGAAUGUGUUCCACUAGAGGACCAGUACAUUAUUGCUGAACAAAUUGUGUGUGAAAUGGGGCAAGCUGAGCCUGACAUUAGCUCUGGUCCUGCACUCCUCUGUAUUGGAGAAUGCAAAUCAGAAUUUGUGGCCAAGUCUGCACAACAUUACACAUUUGUGAAUCCUGCUGUGGGUUAUUUGAGUCCCAGCCGUGGACCAGAGUCAGGAGGGACUAUGGUGACCAUUACUGGCCAUUUUCUGGGAGCUGGCAGCAGUGUGUCAGUAUUGCUGGGUAAUCAGACCUGCGAGUUUUAUGGGAGGUCAAUUAAUGAGAUUAUGUGUGUGUCUGCACCUUCUACCCAUGGUCUUGGACCAGUGCAUGUUUCUGUCAGCGUGGACCGGGCCCAGCUAGAGAGCACAUUACAAUUUGAAUACAUUGAUGAUCCAAAAGUUCAUCGGAUUGAGCCUGAAUGGAGCAUAGCCAGUGGCCACACGCCUGUCAUUGUUAUGGGAUCUAACCUGGAUGUUAUACAAGAGCCCAGAAUCCGAGUGAAGUACAACGGCAAAGAAUCUGUCAAUGUUUGUAAAGUUGUGAAUACUACCACCCUCACUUGCCUGGCUCCUUCACUUACAUCACAGUACCGACCAGGUCUGGAUGCUGUUGAAAGACCUGACGAAAUUGGAUUCAUCUUUAAUAAUGUUCAAUCUUUAUUGAUUUAUAAUGACACAAAAUUUAUUUAUUAUCCAAACCCUACCUUUGAACUUUUGAGUGCUACUGGCAUCUUGGACCAAAAGCCAGGAUCACCCAUUAUCCUGAAGGGUAAAAAUCUGUGUCCACCUGCAUCAGGUGGAGCAAAGCUGAAUUAUACUGUUCUGAUUGGAGAAACUCCCUGCACAGUCACCAUCUCUGAGACACAAUUACUUUGUGAACCUCCAAAUCUCACUGGGCAACAUAAAGUUAUGGUGCAUGUAGGUGGCAUCAUUUUCUCACCUGGCUCAGUGAAUGUGAUCUCAGAUAGCCUGCUGACUUUGCCAGCUAUUGUCAGUAUUGCAGCAGGAGGCAGUCUUCUUCUCAUCAUAGUCAUCAUAGUCCUCAUUGCCUACAAGCGUAAGUCUCGUGAAAAUGAUCUCACACUCAAGAGACUUCAGAUGCAGAUGGACAACCUCGAGUCUCGGGUAGCUCUUGAGUGCAAAGAAGCUUUUGCAGAGCUGCAGACAGACAUCAAUGAGUUAACCAGUGACCUGGACCGCUCAGGGAUCCCGUAUCUUGAUUAUCGCACAUAUGCCAUGAGAGUCCUCUUCCCUGGCAUUGAAGAUCAUCCUGUCCUGCGUGAACUAGAGGUCCAAGGGAAUGGACAGCAGAAUGUGGAAAAAGCCCUGAAGCUCUUUGCCCAGCUACUCAACAAUAAGGUUUUUUUAUUGACAUUUAUCCGUACCCUGGAAUUACAACGAAGUUUCUCCAUGCGUGACCGGGGCAAUGUGGCUUCCCUCAUCAUGACAGGACUUCAAGGAAAGCUAGAAUAUGCCACUGAUGUCCUCAAGCAAUUGUUGUCUGACUUGAUUGAGAAGAACCUGGAGAACAAAAACCACCCUAAAUUGCUCCUACGCAGGACAGAGUCUGUAGCUGAGAAGAUGCUGACUAACUGGUUUGCUUUCUUACUCCACAAAUUCCUAAAGGAAUGUGCUGGAGAACCACUCUUCAUGUUGUACUGUGCCAUCAAGCAACAGAUGGAGAAAGGCCCAAUUGAUGCUAUUACAGGGGAAGCACGUUAUUCCCUCAGUGAGGACAAGCUGAUCAGGCAGCAGAUCGAGUACAAAACACUAAUCUUGAACUGUGUGAAUCCUGAUAAUGAAAAUAGUCCUGAGAUUCCCGUGAAGGUGCUUAACUGUGAUACUAUCACACAAGUCAAGGAGAAAAUUCUUGAUGCAGUAUAUAAAAAUGUUCCAUAUUCCCAAAGGCCUCGAGCUGUUGACAUGGACUUGGAAUGGCGCCAAGGCCGAAUAGCACGUGUGGUACUUCAGGAUGAAGACAUCACAACCAAGAUUGAGGGUGACUGGAAGCGGUUAAACACAUUGAUUCAUUAUCAGGUCUCUGAUCGCUCUGUAGUUGCCCUUGUUCCUAAACAGACUUCUUCUUAUAAUAUUCCUGCUUCUGCCAGCAUAUCACGGACCUCAAUUAGCAGAUAUGAUUCCACAUUUCGGUACACAGGUAGCCCAGAUAGUCUUCGUUCAAGGGCACCCAUGAUUACGCCUGACCUAGAGAGUGGAGUGAAAGUCUGGCAUUUAGUCAAAAACCAUGACCAUGGUGACCAGAAGGAAGGAGAUCGGGGAAGUAAGAUGGUAUCAGAGAUCUAUUUGACACGGCUGCUAGCUACAAAGGGUACACUGCAAAAGUUUGUGGAUGACCUGUUCGAGACUUUGUUCAGUACUGUGCAUCGAGGCAGCGCUCUCCCACUGGCUAUCAAAUAUAUGUUUGAUUUCCUAGAUGAGCAAGCAGAUAAGCAUGGCAUCCAUGACACUGAUGUGAGGCAUACCUGGAAGAGCAAUUGUCUUCCUCUUCGCUUCUGGGUGAAUGUAAUUAAAAAUCCACAGUUCGUCUUUGAUAUCCACAAGGGAAGUAUCACCGAUGCCUGCCUCUCAGUUGUAGCUCAGACUUUUAUGGAUUCAUGUUCCACCUCAGAGCAUCGACUGGGCAAAGAUUCCCCCUCCAAUAAGCUGCUGUAUGCCAAGGAUAUACCCAGCUAUAAAAGCUGGGUAGAAAGGUAUUAUGCAGAUAUUGCAAAACUCCCAGCCAUCAGUGACCAAGACAUGAAUGCCUACCUCGCAGAACAGUCACGUCUGCACUAUGUUGAUUUCAACAUGCUGAGUGCGCUCAAUGAAAUAUACUCCUAUGUCAGUAAAUACAGUGAGGAGAUCAUUGGGGCUCUGGAGCAGGAUGAGCAGGCGCGCCGGCAGCGCUUAGCAUACAAAGUAGAGCAACUUAUUGGUGCCAUGUCUAUGGAAAGCUGAAGAAAGGAGCAGGAACUCCUAGGAAAAAAACAUAAGGAGUGAUUGCAAAGACUUUGGGGAAUUAAGGAAAUUGGCAAAGAGGCCACAAAGAAUAUAUUGGGAAUACUGUGAGACCCUCCUACAAGAAGCAAAGGUUGCCCCUGUUUCUUAGCUCAAAACUCACAAAAUUCCAGUUGAAAGAAUGAAGGAAAACAACAGCAACUGUGCAUCUCAAACAUCAGUUGGAUUUAUCAAAUAGUUCAGCUAUUCAAGCUGUAACCUUGAAGGUCGUUGGAAGCUUAGACUUCUCCAUGACUGCUGCUUUGCAUGAAAAUUGUUUGGUGUAUAUUAAGAGAUAACAAAAAACAAUAUUUAAAGUUUUUUUAAGAAAAAGAAAAGAGAAGAAAAAAGGUAACAAAAGCGCAGUGGCUACGUCUUCUUGAAGAUUCCACUGUACAUUGCCCCUCACAUCAUACGAGAACCUCGUUGUUCAUGGCUCAGAUGAAUGGUUUGCAAGUAGAUUCUCCUACCUUAGAGAAUACUUGAAAAAACUCCAUUAUUCAUCUGCCUGGGAACUUAAAAAAAUAUCCCCAGGAGCACAAAUUUGCACCAAGCCUUUUAAAUAGUGCAGUUGGAAAGGAAAAUCCAGCAUUCUUCAAGAGUCUUUUAGCAGGAAUCUAUGUGAGUGGAAAAGCCAUCUGGUCACGCAACUCAUCUGUGCUGAAAUCCAGCUUCAACUAUGUAUUUAUAGAGUACUGAUAUUUUUUUAAUACUCCUUAUUUACCAUUGAAGGGACACUAUGAUUUUAUGAAAGUCCUUCAUUCCUCUUCUACUUUGACACAAGAUUUCCCUCAUUGAAGUGAUUCCUUCCUGUUUUUAUGUAUUGACAGUUGUGUUCCUAAGGAAUGUCUGAUCCUUUUGAAGCUAAGGAAGUUGUGAUGGUUAAAAAUGAACUGGUGCAUUAUGCACUUUUGUAGGUGCAAUCCAUAUAAAAACUGAUUGGCUUUCUUAGUUGCUUAGAGUGUUGAUUGAUCAGUUAGCUUUUGAGUUGUUUGUUUUUCCUAGUCACCACGUGAUUUCUUGCUUUUAAAAAAGUGUUUACAGCAAGCAGUACUUGAACAGUGUAGACCUAGUGAGUUAACAUAUUUAUUGCUUUCCUGCUUUGAAUUCACUUAUGCAGUCAGAAAAAAAUGGCUGCAUUUUUCUCACACGAUAUGAAAGAUCAUGCAGAGGUCAAACAUAAGACUUCAAUGUCUCCUGGGAGAGGGAAAUGGGGGCACCUUCUCUCUGGACAAAAGGAAAUGGCACACUCUACAUGCUGGCUAAUUACUGUAGUCUUGUCUGUGUCCAUGUGUCUCAACUCAGAUUAGAUUUUUUAAUUGACCCUAGAAGUCCAUUUCUAAGUGAUCAGUAAAAGGCUGAUGAUGUCUGUGAGUUGUCAUUGCUCUUUACAAAUGACUUUAAAAAAAAACAAACCAAAGUCCCUUCAAGAGUGCUAAUAGCAGGUGGGAUGCUGUAAACAUUUCUGUCUGUAAUGAAUAUUGACGUUUGGACAGGCUACAGUUAAAAGGGGUGAGAAGAAGGGCAAGGUGAUUAAAACUAAUGGAAGGCAGAAUAUUGGGCCCAUGAGUGCUGUUCCCAUGAAUGAAGUCAGACUUGAAGAGUACAAAAUGGCUUUUCUGGGUGUGUCUGUGGACAGGCACGUGGAUUGGAUUACGAUUCUACCAAAUUAUGUCACAUUUUCAGUAUAAGAAAAAUAAUGUGAUUACAAUAAUGUGAAUGGGAUUAGAGGAUAUUAUCAUUUGUCAGGCAUACCUCAGUUCUAAAAUCCUAAGCGUUUUAGGAAGUGGAGGUUUUCAGAAAUAAUCCUUAGCUAGUUUUUUUGUACAAAGUUCUAUGUAGGGAAGUCAGGCGAACCCAAACUUUUGCUGCUGUUCCAUGUCUACAAUACUUCAUCCUGUAUCUAGGACCUUUUGUCAUGCGGUCUGAAACAGGAGUUAGCCUGCUAUCUCCUGCUAUAAACAGCUAUCAUCACACUCUUCAUUCAUGAAGGAGAUUCCAGAACAAUUAACAUGAGGGAGGCAGAACUGUUGACCCCAUCCUGUAAAAUUGCUCCCUGGACAUCUGCAGAGAGGAAGCCUCUCACACUAUAUUGCUCUAUGCACUUAGAACAAGGUGAUGCAUACUGAAAUCUAUUUCAAAGGUGAGCAGCCUGCAAAUGAUUGAAUAGAUUGCUUUAUUAGCAUAGCUCAGCUUCUAAUUAAUUCUGAGGAAUUCUUUUAUAGUGAGCUUCAUCUACUAGUAUGCUCUGCUUAGCCCCCACAUCAGAAAGGAGGAAAUUGCUCCUGACCAAUAUGCCCAUUUGGACCAGUGAUAUGUAGAUGGGUCUUUAAAAAAACACCACUAAGAUUCCCUUCCCUCACCUACAAUGGAGAGAUUGCUUCCACAAAAGGCUGAGUGAAUUUGGUACCACAUGUUUUAACUGAAUUGCAUAUUUUGUGAGAAUCUCUCAUUCUUCUAAUCAUUAUCCUGAAUUCUGCCAGCAAAGGGGUAAAUUAAAGGACCAACUUACUGUUUUAAUUAUAAUUCAUCAAAGCAGUGUCAACCCCCCUUUUCCCCUUGAUAAUUUACUUUCAUAAGUUUCCUUGGGUCCUAUUAAUAGCCUGAAAGAAAUACUAAUGAUUGACCUUGUACAAUAAGCCAAAGCCUUUGACAUUCUCAGCAGUCAAAGAUUUGCAGCCAAAAAAAAAUCUGAUUUACACUGACUUGGCAAGAGCAGAGAGUAGCAGUUAAAUGCCUGAAAUGUCUCAGAAGGACAGCAUAUUUUCAGAAGCAUUACUUCCAUGUCCUUUAGCACGCAAGGGAAUUUGAUUGCAAAGGAAGAAUUGUCUCUUUUAGUCCUAAACUUAAUUGACAAAGGUACUAUGUUUAGCAGCUUAUUUUUAUCAAUGGAUUUUCUACAUUUCCAAUUACAAGCAUUUCACAGUGAAUUCUCCUUGGGCUUCUUUUAUGCAUUUGUAUUAGUUUUUGCUGUUGUGUUAGAUGAACUAUAUAUUUGAAGUGUCAAUAUUCCAAACUAAAGCUGUAUCUAGUUGUAGUUUCUUACAUCUUUAGUCAGAAAUGGGGGGAAAAAUAUCACUCACCAGGAUUUAUCAUCUAAAAACAAUGAGUUGUUACUAUAGAUACCCUUGUUUAGACUGUACUAUCAGUGCUGGACCUGCUGGUCCCUAUAAAUUAAUAAUGAACAGGUUAGGGAUUGAAAAAAUACUCAUAGAGUUGGCAAGAAUCAAAUCUGUUGAUUCAAAUAUAUUUGCAUAGGUCCUUUCACAGCAACUACUGCAUUCUACAAUCAGUUUUCCAUUGCAGAUGUGUAACAUCUAUUUCGAAGGCUGGAUGAGAUUUUCUAGGCAAUCGUACUUUAUCUAAUAGUUUUUGCUUGCUACUUUGAUACAACUUAUCCUAAAGCAAAUUUGGAAUUAAAUGCAUGACUUUCAUUUCAUGGUCAAUUUACAUGGCUAUAAAGAGUAUAAACUGCUGCUGCAGGACCUCAGUCUUCCCAGCCUGAACCAUCACUAUCCCCAAUGCCUUGGGCCAUGUUCAAGAAUUGUUGAAGACUGGCCAAAUCCACAGGCAUUUACCUAAUAUUGUGAGGUUAAUCUAAAGUGAAAAUUUCUUUGGAAAACAAUAAGGCUUGAGCAUAUAGAACCAUGAUUUUUUUUAAGGUAAUAUUGCCCAUCCUGCUAUCUUAUCCUGAUGUGUCAGUUCUAGCUUAUUUCAUUUCAGAUGUUCUUACAUCAAAGCCAGAUAUUACAUUCCUGGAAUUUUUGUUCCUAACACUUCUUUUUUGUGUGUGAAUAAUUCCAUUUUAGCUUUCACUUGAUGAGUGCUAUCCAAAGCCAUCAAAGAACUCAAAGCAAGGAGGCAAUGAUGUGCUAAUCAGAUGUUUCUUUCCUUUUGAAGACCUUUAUUGUAUAAAGCUCCAUCAUGUUAGCAGACGUGUCUGCCUUUCUUGAUUUUUUGUCGUAGUACUAAAAUUCUGUACCCACUUCACCUGUCCAACCAAUCAGCAGGUCUUUUUAAUCUGUAUUCAUUUUUGUGUAAUAGAUUCCAUUUAAAAAGGAACAAAAAGAGUAAGCAGCUGAAUGUGCUGUAGUUCCACUCAGAAUAAAUGAACAAUGAAAAUUGUAAGUGAAGCUGGAAAUUAAACAGUUUCUCUCUUCCUUAUAGAUAAUAUCUUAAAAGUAAUUGGAAAUCAUCUGUCUUAUUCAGGAUGAUGGCAAUCUUCACCUUAUUUAGGAAAAAUAUAGUGAGGAGGACUAGCAGGGAUCCCUGCAUCCUUGUCACAAUGGAUUACCUUUCAUUUCGUAUCAGAAAAUCUAGGAUAACUUCUAGAUCUUUUUCAUCGAAGUAUCCUCCCCUUCCAUGCUGCUGCUAUUGCUUACAUCACAGGGUAAGGAAAGUGGCACGGUGAUACCUUGUUUUUAGUUGUAGGGAUUCCGAGUCAUUUUUUUAAAAAAAACAUUUUCAGAAAUAACUAUUUCUCUAAAUAAUUUAUAAUGUAUUUGAGUUUAAACUAAUUUCCUUUCCUGUUUUUGUAAUAGCUGAGAUAUAUCUAUCUAGAUUUUGAGACACUUCUCCAGUGCUUGCAAAAGAUUCAAUUGUAUACUACGCAGCCUCCCACUGGACAAUUCUGCUGAUAGUCUAUGACAGGGGUGUCACGUUGUUCUCACGUGACGUAUUGUGACUUUUAUUCUCUUCGCUAAACUGGGGGGGGGGUCACAGCAUAUGACGCAUUUGGCCCGCAGGCCGUGAGUUUGACACUCUUGGUCUAUGGAGAUUCUCAGUCAUUCAGGUCAUGGUUGUCCCAAAGGUGCUU